GAAAUCUGAAUCUGAAGGUGAUCACUGUGCGCAAGAUACGAAUCAAUAAGAUAUGCAUGUCCUGUCUUACUGCUUAAAGUCUUUGAGGGUGUCGAGGUAAACUUAAUUAAUGGGAAUGAUCAAAGGGUUCAGCAAACUUUUGUCUCGAGGCUUCAUUCCUGCCAGGUUCAGGUCAACCCUUAGUUCAGAAGAUAAGAUGCGUUAUAUACAGUGGUGCUCUUUCGUUUUCCUUGCAGGGUCAUUCACUGUAGGCUCAGUCUUACUUACAAAAGACCUUGCCAAAGUCAAAAAAAUAUCACAAGAAAAAUAUGGUCUGCCAUCUAUUGGUGGCGAUUUCAAUUUGGUUGAUCAUAAUGGAAACCCAUGUAAAUUAGCUGAUUUCCGCGGAAAAUGGGUUCUGUUGUACUUUGGAUUCUGCCGAUGUCCAGAUAUAUGCCCAGAACAAAUAGAGAGACUCGUGGAAGUAUCUGACAGAAUAAUGCUUAUUGAAAAACCCAAGUAUCCCUUAGUGCCUGUAUUCAUGUCUGUCGACAGCGAACGUGAUACCCCAGAUAUUUUAGCCAAAUACGUUAAAGAAUUUUCACCACGUCUGAUCGGGCUGACCGGUACUAAAGAAGAAAUUGAUAAAGUUUCUAAGCUCUAUCGUAUUUAUUACAGUGCAGGACCAAAAGAUGCAGAUGGCGAUUAUAUUGUUGACCACACUGUUAUAAUGUACUUACUGGAUCCGAAAGGACAGUUCUCCGACUAUUAUGGACAAGUUAAACCAGUACAGGAGAUAGUACAAAAUAUUACAGAAAAAAUGAAUGCAUACAAAGACUAACAUUUCGUAUGUUUAUAUGUUCACAUAUGUAUAGUGGAUUACUACUCUUUUAUUGUGUAAUCUGUUCAUUUUCAGUCAAAUAUAAACUACAAUAUUAUUU